AUGGCGACACCGGAGGCCCCAAGGACUGUCCUCAUUGUCGGCGCCGGCGAGUUCGGGCUCUCCACGGCCCUCUCGCUGCUCAAGCGGCCACGCUUUUCCCAGUCUCGCAUCACGGUCAUUGAUUCCGCGACGCAGCUGCCCAACCCUGCCGGCUCCAGCGUCGACGCUUCUCGCAUCAUCCGGGCCGACUACGGCAAUGCUCUAUACGCGCGCCUGGCGGCCCAAGCACAGGUUCAGUGGCGUGACACCUCCGACGAGGGGUGGGGAGGCCAGGGCCGGUACUUCGAGCCGGGAUUCGUGCUCACGGCGGACUCGGACGAGACGGCGGGGUAUGUGAAGCGGAGCUUGGUCAAUGUGAAGGAGAUUGCGGAGCAGAGCACGAGGGAGGCUGGAGGGCGGCUGAAGAGGAUUGAGGUGUUAGAGGGCCCGGCGCAGAUCAAGAAGGCGUCGGGCCAUGAAGGGGUGUCGGGCACGUGGGGCUAUGUCAAUUAUAAUAGCGGGUGGGCGGAUGCGGAAAAGUGUGUGGCUUAUGCGCUGAGGAAGCUGAAGGGCCAGGGCGAAGAGAGGGUGCGUGUGAGGAGUGGGUGUAAGGUGCAGCAGGUGCUUACGGACCAUGAGGGGACGGGCAGAAGCAAGUGUAUGGGGGUACGGCUGGAGAGUGGCGAGGAGUUGCGGGCGGAUCUGACAAUUCUCGCGGCGGGCGCGUGGACGCCGAGUCUCAUCGAUCUACAGGGUCGGUGUGUGGCAACCGCGCAGGUGUUGACAUAUACGGCGAUCACGGACGAAGAGCAGAAAAGCCUGCAGGAUAACCCUACGGUCAUGAACUUGAGUCGUGGCAUGUUCAUCAUCCCACCCCGAGGCAGAGAGCUAAAGGUCGCUCGACACGGAUAUGGCUAUCGAAACUUGCAGCGGAUCUCGAAGCAGCAGCUCCUGAGUGGGAGGGCUGACGAAUAUGUUGAAGUCAGCGUUCCGUGGGUGGGCAUUCCUGCACCCGACGAGGGACUUCAGGCUUGUCGAGAGGCAUUGCAAGAAAUGCUUCCAUCCUACGGCGACAGGCCUUUCAAGAACAGCAGGUUGUGCUGGUACUGCGAUACCCCAGAUGGGGAUUUCCUGAUUACCCACCAUCCCGAAUACCAAGGGAUGUUCGUGGCCACUGGAGGAAGUGGGCAUGGGUUCAAGUUCUUCCCAGUCAUUGGUGAGAAGAUAGCAGACGCCAUUGAGGGCAAGCUGGACCCUGAGCUGCGGCAUGCGUGGAGAUGGAGAGGGGAGACCUUCCCGGACUUUCAAGUCUGUGAUGAUGGCAGCAGAGCUGGCCCGCGAGGAAUGCUUCUGAGUGAGGAAAUGGCGAAAGGUUGGGAGCGACGUGGUUGGGAUUGGGGUCGCCAUACCGGAACGGGAGAAAUGCUUCUCCGCCGAGGCAAGCACCGAUUUGCUUCCACACAAUCACCACUACUUCCUUCGAGGAGAGCGCGAUCGCCGCCAUCUCCGUCAUCAGUAGAUACGAAAGCCUCGGCGACCUCGAGCAAGCGCAGCGGCAAGGGCUACCUAUGGGCUUGUUCCGUCUUCGGCGUCACACUGGGCAUCUACUUCGUGAGCCUGGGUAUCAGCGUCAAGAAUGCAAUGCAACAGAACAGAGAGCUCGACAUCGACCAAAACGCGGAUGUAUCCUAUCGAUGGAAGGACGAGAAGCGCAAUUUCGAUCAUGAGGUGGACAACGCGGAAUCUGCCAUGCUAAUGCGCGCAAAACGUCGCCGACUAAUUAGUGAAGCAUAUGGCAAUGUGCUGGAAGUCAGCGUAGGCACCGGCCGCAACUUCGAGCUCUAUGAUUUCCGACCCUUCGACCCGAAAGAAGAUGCGAAAUACGGACGCAGCAGGACAAGGAUUAUAACAGAUGUCACCUUCAACGACCAAAGUGAGGUCAUGGUAGAUCAAGCCAUGAGCAAGUUCAUGGCGAUGGAAGCUGAACGAAAGGAAGAUCAGAGAUUCAGUGGCAGGGUGCGGUUCAUUGUGGGCGACGCAGGCGUGGAUGGUGUGAUUGAUAGACCGAAAGGAGGCUACGACACGAUUGUGCAGACAUUUGGGAUCUGCAGCAUGGCUGACCCGGUGGGCUUUUUGCGUAAGCUCGGCAGUCUGUGUCGUCAGCCCGGAGAAGCUACCACGUCGAAGCUAUCAACGGAAGACAACGAUGGCAAAGGUGGGCGGAUACUCUUACUUGAACACGGACGUGGGCGAUAUGGCUGGCUCAACAAUCUCCUGGACAGCGUCGCCAAAGUCCACGCGCUGCACUACGGCUGUUGGUGGAACAAGGACAUCGAUCAAGUCAUUGCUCAAAGUGGGCUUGAGGUCGAGCGUGUCAGGAGAUACCAUGGUGGCACGACAUGGGAGAUAGUUCUCAGGCCGACUCCGAAGUGA